CGAGGAGCCAGUCAAAGCAUCACUCAGGUAGUAAAGGGGGGCAGAUCCGAGCACCAGAUACGAGCGGCUGUGUGUGUGUGUGUGUGUGUGUGUGUGUGUGUGUGUGGCUGCUCGGCUCACACACACCCCGGGAUCUGUUUUUCAGCGGCACCUUCGCUGCUCUUUCUGGACGCCAUGGUGGCUAAAAACAGAAAGCAGACCGGGAAGAGUCCGGCGGCGACCCAGGCUGACCGCGACAAGAGCCCGCUGGUUUCUCCUCCUGGUAAAAGUAACCCGAGGCGAGCAGGCAGGGAGGGCAAAGCGUCCGGCAGCUCCCAUCCAAACGGGCUCCACGGCAUCAGACACAGGCUCGGGCUGACCCCCUCAGCAGCCGCCAAGCUGGGCACCACUCUCCUGCUCGCUUCUCUUGCUGGGUAUCUCCACUGGCAUCAUCUCUCACAGCUGUUUGAGAAUGACAGACACUUUUCACACUUGUCCAGUCUGGAGAAGGAAAUGGCUUUUCGGACAGAAAUGGGUCUGUACUACUCCUACUAUAAGACCAUUAUCGAGGCUCCCUCCUUCCUGGGUGGCCUCCACAUGGUCAUGAAUGACCGGCUGACAGAGUACCCUCUUGUCAUCAACACACUGAAGAGAUUCAAUCUGUAUCCAGAGGUGGUCCUGGCCAGCUGGUACCGCACGUACACGGGUGUGAUGGGAUACUUUGGGAUCCCCACAAAGAUGUGUUGGUCCAUCAACAGAGGAGAGGGACUCACUCCUGUGGACAGCUGUGAAGGGAUGGGGGAUCCGGCGUACUUCUAUGUGACCUUUGUGUUCCUGUUGAACGGAGCGAUGAUGAGCCUGUUCUUCAUUUACGGCGCCUAUCUCAGUGGCAGUCGACUGGGAGGCAUUGUGACAGCGGCGUGCUUCUUCUUUAAUCACGGCGAGAGCACUCGUGUGAUGUGGACUCCGCCCCUGAGGGAGAGCUUUGCCUACCCCUUCUUGGUGCUGCAGAUGCUCCUCCUCACCUACAUCCUGCGGACACGGAACCCGAGCAGGACAGCCAUGGUCGCCCUGGGCGUCUCCAAUCUGUGCUUUAUGCUGCCUUGGCAGUUUGCCCAGUUUGUGCUGCUCACUCAGGUGGCGUCUCUGUUUGCUUCUUACAUACUGGGUUACCUCGGCCCUACCAAGAUGCAGUCCAUCCUGGUCACUCAUAUGAUCACACUCGGCGUCUGCUUCGUCCUGAUGUUCGGCAACUCGAUGCUGCUCACGUCCUUCUACGCCUCCUCGCUCGUCUCCAUCUGGGCAAUCAUUGCAUUGAGGGAUCAGUUUGCUCAAGUCUUCAGACCUGGCAUCAUCCUCUGGGUCAUGCAGGGCUUGGCUUGGUUCGGCUCCACAGUUCUGCUCAAAUUCCUGCUGUCCACCGUCCUCUGUGCCUCCGAUGAUGCUCACAUCAGUGCACUGAUCAAGUCAAAGUUCACGAGCUACAGAGACUUCCACACUCUGAUGUACACAUGUGCCGCAGAGUUUGACUUCAUCGAGUUAGAGACUCCUCUACGCUACCUCAAGACAUUACUGCUGCCCAUCAACGUGCUGGUGGUCGCUCUGAUUGCUUGGGCGACUCUCCAGGAUGUAGUCCGCUUCCUGAGGGACGGAGGAAAGGCAUCUGUCAGGAUGGAUGAUGCUGAUGAAGCUGCAGGGUCUGAAAUUGUUGGAAAAGGAGAGAUGGUGUACCACAGUCUGCAGCUGGUGGCCUUCACGGUCUUAGCCAUCCUCAUCAUGCGACUGAAGCUCUUCCUCACGCCCCACAUGUGCAUCAUGGCCUCACUCAUCUGCUCCAAACAGCUGUUUGGCUGGAUCGGGGAGAAGUUCAAACACCAGGCUGCCGUGUUUGUAAUCUUAGCCAUCAUGGCCAUACAAGGUGUAGCCAACCUGCAGGCUCAGUGGGCCAUCAUCGGAGAGUUCAGCAACCUGCCACAGGAGGAGCUGCUGGACUGGAUCCAGGAAAACUCCCAGCCUGAUUCUGUGUUUGCUGGCGCCAUGCCCACCAUGGCUAGCGUGAAGCUUUCGACAGGUCGGCCCAUCGUCAACCACCCCCACUAUGAAGACGCUGGUCUCAGGGAGAGAACAAAGCUGGUGUACUCCAUGUACAGCCGCAUGUCUGGAGAAACGGUAAAGAGGAAUCUGAUGAAGCUGGGAGUGGACUUCUUUGUCCUGGAGGAUUCCUGGUGCACCAGGAGAACCAGACCAGGAUGCAGCAUGCCAGAGAUCUGGGACGUUGAGGACCUCGAAAAUGUUGGUAAAAUACCCCUCUGCACCCACAUGUCGAGGAACUCACGACCACACUUCACCACAGUGUUUUCAAAUGACAUUUACAAAGUCCUCAAAGUCCCAAAAGUGACCAAAGAUCUGAGAUAACACGACGGGAUGGAUUCUGCCCCGAACUCUUUGAUCUUUCCACCGAUUCUGUUUUCAAAUCUUUGCGCCGGUUACUGCCAUUGCUGCUUUUUUUACUCUGCAACGCUGUUCAGCUUUUUCCAGUGCUCUGAUACCCUGAAUAGUGGACGUACAAUCUGUUUGACACGACACAUUUUCCAUGAGACUCCCACUUGCUUAGCCCUCAUGGUUCUCUGUGAUUUGUGACUUGAAAUAAAGUCUCCACUUUUUUCCAUUCAUCUCUACGGCUGCAUCAUCCAGCGAGAUUCCCACGACGCUCCACUUGACGCCGUAGUUAAAGCCAAAUGUUGUCGACUCGCUUCACUACUUUUCUCUGCAGUAUUUCUGUAUUUCUUCCCUUAAAGGAUUUCUCUUCAGAGAGAUUCUUAUCAGUUUUAAUUUACUGAGUAGAAUUAAUCUUCUUCCACUUGCGCCGAAGAAGUGGAGCUUGUCCGACGGGACCAAUCAGUGAUGUCCACAUACUGUGAAGCUACGCCCUUUGCAAACUCAACAAAUCCAACUUCUUAUUUUUCUUCUUCUUUUUCUGGUGUUAUGCACAGUGUUGAUCUCUGAAAGACUUUUCCAGUAUUUACAAUACUAUUUUUUUUAUUUAUUUGUGUGAGUAUUUUUAUGCAAACUUAACGGUGUUACAAGAAGCAAACAGUGUUUUUAACGUCUUUGGUAUAACACGGAGAGUUCUUGUGUUCGAUCUUUUCAAAUCGUAUCGCUCGGCCUCGGUGUCUAAACUGAAGAAGUUCUCACACAGCAGAAAGCUUUUCUUCUUUAAGGCUCAGUGUGUAAGAUUUAACAGAUCAAUAAGAGGUUUAGCAGUAGAGGGCGCUGGUGGUGUAGUGGUUAGUGCGUGCGCCCCAUGUACAGAGGCUUCAGUCCUCCCACCAGGCGGCCCGACUCAUCCGACCUGCGGCUCCUUUACCACAUUCCCCACACUCUCAUUUUCCCUGUUUUCUGACUCUAUCCACCGUCCUGUCUCGAAAUAAAAAGCCCAAAAGUACAUAAAAUAUUUAUGAAUAAUCACCUGAAAAUAAGAGUCUCGUGUUUUCGUGACCUUAGAACAAGCUUUAUAUUUCUGCAGAGAUGGCUGGUCCCCUUCUUUGGAGUGUGCGUUACACACUAUAUACACAGCGGCCAUUUUCUGCUGACGUCAUGAUCAAGGUCAAAGAUCAAUUAGAGUUGAAGUGUAUGUUUGUGUGUGUGUUGUCUCCUUGUUACUCAGAUAAACAAGGAGAUCCGACGAAUUCUAAUCAUUUCACCACUUCUGAAUUAAUCAGAAAAUCAGAAGGGACAAAACUUCAUAUUUUAAUCGUGUAAUACUUUGAAUGACUCGUUAACAGGUUAGUCAUAACAGCUAAUGUUAGUAUUAAUCAAUGUUUACUUAAUAUAUAAAUAUCAGUGUUUCCUACACAUAGACGAUACCUGGGCGGGCCGCCCAAGUAUAUUUCUGGCAGACUUGUUUUUAUAUACCGGUAAUUUUUAAUUUAUUCAUAAAAUUGCUGGGUGCACGAGAGAGUGAGAGAGAGAGAGAGAUCGGACUAGAGAGAGGGCGCAUGAGAACCUUACAGCUCUGUUCAACAUAAAAAAACGUCCCCCUGGACUCCUGCGUAGAGAUAAGACACAGUAAAACCAACAGAGCAGAAUCACAUCAGCUUCAGAGAGAGAAAGAUAGAAGGUCCACUGCACCGAUUGAGGUGCCUUUCUCCAGGGUCCAAAAUGAACACCUGCUAAGCGCCGAAUACAGGUAGAUUUUCCGUUAGGCGAGUAAAUUUCAGAGGGUUAUGCGCCAUAGGGCGGGAAAUGUUUGACCAAAAAGUCAUGUAUAAAAACUAUCAUCAAACCCUGGGACUGAUGUGUAAAGACUGCAGUCAAACCAGCACCCCGUGCAGACCUUAAACUUUCUUAGCAACCAUAUGUUCCUAACGUGCUUUAAAAAAGAGAGAGUCAAAGAAGCUGUUGUCCGUGCGUCACUUGAGGCCGCUAAAUCCCAAACACUGUUCCUUUAAAUCUUUUGACGAUAAACUUUGUUUUUUUGUUUUUUUCUGUUUCUAGUGGCAGAACAUAGUAAAAGAAAGUUGUUGAUUUCCCCCUGAUGUGCUGUGUCAUUACAUUUUGUAGAUAGCCAAACACUUGUUUUGUAAAAUACUGAUGUACAGCCUUUAAAAGGCUUUUUAUUUUUACUUUUUUGCCAAAGUUUCAUGUCAUAAAAGCUGCAGAUUUGGGGUCCUGUAGCACAUGAAA